AUGUGCACCUCAUCUGAGUCAGUGCCCAAGAGCGCUGUAUAUGAGACAGAAGCGGCUGCGUGGCUGGAUAACAUCAGCUUCUGCAGCGGCUUCUGUCAGUGGAUCGACGAAGAGUUGAGCGUCGAUUCACUGCCAGCUGAGUCCCAGCAGCCUGUGCAGUCAACAAGCGCUUCACAAGCAGAAGCAGAAGCAGAAGCAGAAGCAGAAGCAGUGAGUGCACAGCCUUCUGCUGAGAAAAGCCCAACAGAAGUUCCGUCUCGAGGCAACAGGAGAAGCAGAAUCCAUGCCUUCUUCAAGAGAGCAUGGAAGGCUGUUAAGAAGCCGUUCCUCCGUUGCAGACGGACAAGAGUGGAGUCCAGUCCUGAAACAGCGUCUGUCCCGGGACCGUCUGGGCUCCAGAACGUGCCUGACACCGAGCCGGCAUCUGCCUCAGGUCUUCCCAAUUGGGAGCCAAUGACCGAACCUAUGUACAGUUUAUACACACUGCAGGGAUUGAUUGGAAACGGAAGUUUCGGCAAGGUGUUCAAGGCAAUACGGAAAUCUGACGGCCAAGAGCCUGGUUGCUCCGCACCUCUGCCUAGAGAAGUGGCUCUGAUGCUGCUGUUGAGGCGUCCUCCAGUUAGCCCCUACGUCAUACAAAUGUACGAAUGGUUUGAUCGACCCAAGAUCUUCUCUCUUAUUCUGGAGUGCCCUCAACCGUGCAUGGUCCUGCGAAAGUUCAUCACGGUUUCGUCAGGACUGACUGAAACGAUCGCGUCCAUCUUAAUGCGUCAGUUAGUCCUGGCAGUGCAGCACUGCAUAGACCACGGCGUUUUUCACAACGACAUCCACGCUGACAACAUCCUGGUGACCACAGACACUCUGGAGAUCAAGCUGAUUGACUUUGGCGCCGCUCACCUGUAUGAGAGCACAGGCUACGACACCUGGAAAUAUUUAGGAGCAGCAGAGUACUGUCCUCCAGAGGCUUUUUCGCAGCCCAAAUACCACGCCGUCCCAACAAAUGUCUGGGCUCUGGGCGUUACGCUGUAUCUGAUGGUGAACAGACGGCUGCCCUUUUACAACAUCCGGGAAACAUUGGAAGCUUCCCCUAAGUUUUGGAAGCCCACCUUGUCCAUAGCAUGCCGUGAUCUGAUUGGCCAGUGUCUGAACCGCGAUCCAGCGAAGCGGCCGACUUUAGAGCAGAUCUUAGAGCACCCCUGGUUCAAAAGGUGGCUCUAG